AUGACGAGCAACGAGCAACAAGAGGAGGCUCCGUCACCACCAUCAAAUCGCAGUAAUGCGCCAAAUGUGGUAACACAGAAACGACUCUGGCCUAGUCUCAUUGCUGGUGGCUGUGCAGGGGCGACAAGCCGCACGUUGGUCAGCCCUUUAGAACGUUUGAAAACAUACGCCGGUGUCUGGAAGGGUCUUUCUAAGAUCUGGCAGGAAGAAGGGUUCCUAGGUUUCAUGCGGGGAAAUACGUUGAAUUGCUUGCGCAUUGCGCCGUACAGCGCUGUGCAAUUCUCUACAUACGAGGUCAUGAAACAAUGGCUCUCUCAUCCCGUCGAAUACGUGUAUACUCACGAAGAUGGAUCCAAGAGUAACAUCAUUGUACGUGAGCUCGGCACGAUAGAGCGCCUUGUAGCUGGUGCUGUGGCUGGUUUCACGAGUGUUGUAUCCACAUAUCCUCUCGAUUUGGUCCGCUCGCGUAUCUCAAUCGCUACGGCUUCCAUGUACACGCAAAAUAUCCGUAAAGGGGCGCCGUUACCACGCGUUCCUGGCGUAUGGGAGACCACAGUGAAAGUAUAUCGGGAGGAAGGAGGCAUUCGUGGCCUGUACCGCGGCUGCAUUCCAACCAGUGUUGGUGUAGCGCCGUACGUGGCCUUCAAUUUUGUAUUUUAUGAAAGCGCACGAGCCUUCUUUACGCAGAAGGAUGGUACACCACCUGGCCCGAUUACCAAGCUGCUAAUUGGUGCUUGGGCCGGUGCCGUUAGUCAGACACUCACGUACCCACUCGACGUAAUCCGGCGUCGUAUGCAAGUGUCUGGCAUGAGGGACUCAAAGCUGGGUGUACGCGACAAGGGUGGUAUUGAUGCCAUUCGGAAUAUUGUCCGCACUAGCGGAUUCAAAGGUCUGUAUUAUGGCCUCUUCCCCAACCUAUUAAAAGUGGCCCCAUCAACAGGCGCCUACUUCCUUACCUACGAGCUUGUGACAGGCUUGAUUGAUCGCAAGUAG